GGUGACGGGUUUCUACUUUGAAUGAGAGAGUUAGAGACGCGGGAUUUCAGUGGGAGCGACGUCACAACCAGGCGUCAGUUGUGAGAGAGGUUGUCACGUGACUUGUCGCAGGCACCUGAAAGUGCAAUAAAAAUAAUAACAAUAUAAAACAAAAACACUGCCGACGGGGCUGUGAAGCAAUUGGAGCUCAGUAUGGCACACAACAAAAUCCCACCAAGGUGGCUGAAUUGCCCGAGGAGGGGACAGCCCGUGGCAGCUAAAUUCUUACCUCUGAAAACCAUGCUGGGGCCAAAGUAUGAUGAUCAAGUUCCUGAGGAGAAUCGCUUUCAUCCAAGCAUGCUCUCUAACUACUUGAAAAGUCUUAAGGUGAAGAUGGGGUUAUUAAUAGAUUUGACAAACACCACCAGGUUCUAUGAUCGGAGUGAUAUAGAAAAAGAAGGUGUAAAAUAUAUCAAGCUUCAAUGUAAAGGACAUGGUGAGUGUCCAUCACCAGAAAAUACUGAAAUGUUUAUUCGUUUGUGUGACCGUUUCAUAGACAGAACUUCUGAUGAGCUUAUAGGAGUCCACUGCACUCAUGGUUUUAACCGAACUGGUUUCCUUAUCUGUGCCUUUUUAGUUGAGAAGAUGGAUUGGAGCAUUGAGGCAGCUGUAGCCACAUUUGCUCAGGCCAGGCCGCCAGGUAUUUAUAAAGCUGAUUACCUCAAGGAGCUUUUCCAGCGCUACGGUGACAUAGAGGACGCACCUCCUCCCCCUGAGCUCCCAGACUGGUGCUUUGAAGAAGAUGAUGAGGAUGAUGAGGGGAACAAUGUAAUUCAGGAAGCAGAGGCAGGUUCUUCAGGAGCUGCAUUCCACAGAAAGAAGAAGGAACGCUUAAAACUGGGUGCAACCUUUUUAGAAGGAGUAAUAGUGAAACAUGUAAGUCAAGUAACAACUCAACCUAAACUUGGAGAAGUACAGAGGAAAUGUCAGCAGUUUUCUUCUUGGGAAAGAUCUGGGUUCCCUGGAGCGCAGCCUGUAUCCAUGGACAGGGAGAAUAUCAAAUUUCUGGAGCAAAAGGCAUAUAAAGUAAGCUGGAAAGCAGAUGGCACACGGUACAUGAUGUUGAUUGAUGGCAAAAAUGAAGUAUACAUGAUUGAUCGAGAUAACUCUGUAUUCCACGUAUCGAACCUUGAAUUUCCAUUUAGAAAAAAUCCUCGACUUCACUUGUCAAACACUCUACUGGAUGGGGAAAUGAUUGUCGACAAAGUUAAAGGACAAGAUGUCCCCCGUUAUUUGAUAUAUGAUAUCAUCAAAUUUAAUGGUCAGCCUGUUGGGGAUUGUGACUUCAACAUUCGACUAUCCUGUAUUGAAAAAGAGAUUAUAUUUCCACGGCAUGAGAAAAUGAAGACAGGCCAGAUUGACAAAGCGCAAGAACCAUUCAGUGUUCGGAACAAGCCAUUUUUUGAUAUCCACACUUCAAGAAAGCUGCUGGAAGGAAACUUUGCCAGGGAGGUCAGCCAUGAAGUGGAUGGUCUCAUCUUUCAGCCUAUUGGAAAAUACAAAGCCGGUCGAUGUGAUGACAUUUUGAAAUGGAAACCACCUAACAUGAAUUCAGUGGAUUUCCGACUGAAAAUAACAAGAGUUGGAGGGGAAGGGCUGUUAACUCAGAACGUUGGUCUGCUUUAUGUUGGAAGCUAUGACAGACCUUUUUCCCAAAUUAAGUUUUCAAGAGACUUAAAACAAUAUGACAAUAAAAUCAUUGAGUGCAAGUUUGAGAACAAUUGUUGGGUAUUUAUGCGGCAAAGAGUGGACAAAAGUUUUCCAAAUUCAUAUGACACUGCUUUGGCUGUCUGUAAUAGCAUCAAAAAUCCAGUUACUAAGGAAAUCCUUUUUCAGUUCAUCGAUAGAUGUACAGCAGCUGUUCAAGGGCAAAACCAGAGAAACCCAUUGGAUCCAGAUGCCGAACUCAUGCCACCACCUCCCCCUAAAAGGCCACGGUAGUUCACUUAAAAACAAAUUUUUAUGAGAGGUGUAACUCAUACCUGACUCUUAGGAAGACCCAACAAGCAUGUUUUGUCAAUUACAAACUGCAGGUUGUUU